GCCGGGCACCCCGCUCCUCGUCCCGCAUGUUCAGGACCAAACGCUCGGUGCUCGUCCGGCGACUCUGGAGGAGCCGCGCUCCCGGCGGGGAGGACGAGGCGGGCGACGCCGCCGCGGACAGCCGGGCGCAUGGGGCCGGCGGCGGCCGGGGCUGCUGCAUGGGCAAGGCGGGCAAGCUCGGCAAGGCGGCGCUGGGCUCCGAGGCGGAGCUGAAGGCGCUGACCCACGCCGUGCUCAAGAGGCUGAAGGAGAAACAGCUGGAGGGGCUUUUGCAAGCCGUGGAGUCCCGAGGGGGCACCCGGACCUCCUGCCUCCUGCUGCCCGGCAAGGUGGACUCCAGACUGGGUCAGCAUUGGUACUCCCUCCCUUUGCUGCUAUGUAAAAUAUUCAGGUGGCCCGAUCUCAGGCAUUGCUCGGAAGUCAAGAGGUUAUGUUGCUGUGAAUCUUAUGGAAAAACUCAUCCAGAGCUGGUCUGCUGCAAUCCCCAUCACCUUAGCAGGCUCUGCGAACUAGAGUCUCCCCCUCCGCCCUACUCCAGAUAUCCAAUGGAUUUUCUCAAACCAACUGAUUGUCCAGACUCUGUGCCUUCCUCCACUGAAACAGGGGGAACUAAUUGUCUAGCCCCUGGGGGGCUUUCAGGUAAGACGCAUUUCAUUACAUUUGCUCUUGUAUAGUCAACUCGUUCGGGUCCCUUUCCUCCUUGUUACACCUGAAGUGCCUUUUAUUUCCAGACUCUGGGUGAAGUAAGAAUGAUGCUGAGGCUUUAUAAGAUUUCACGUCAAUUAGGCUGGGAUGUCAAAAGGAGAAUUGCUGUCCCUGACGGUGAGAGUGGAGCACCUGAUUCUUUUCAGUUUGGUUGGAGGCCCAAGCCUAAGUAAUCCAUCCACUGAAAGUCAGUGAGACCUAUCUUCCUUGAAUCCUACCCGUGGAGUAGGUUUGGUGCCUGGGGAUGGAUACAUCAGUGGGGAGAAAGUUGAAUGUUGUUGCUAAUUCACUACAAGUAGAUUAAUUAAGCAGGCGAAUUGCAACUGUACCCUCAGAGACAGGUUCAUGUCAAACGCUCCUUGCCUUGAUUCGGGUAGUAAGUACCCUUAAGCGCAGCUGAUUCUGUUGGUAAGGUGAGCCGUGUCUGACCAUUGGUCUCGAGUGCUUGUGGGUUUUUGUUAUUUAACACAACUAGUGUCUGUUCACCUUUCUGGCUACAGUACAGUCAAUAAAUAAUAGCAUCAGUAGACAUAAUGGCCUUGCUCAGGGAUGUCUCGGCUACUAAGCGUUCUCCAUUCCCAACUCCUGGGGUGUUGUCUGAGAGAGGGAAACUAGCUGUAGUAGGUGAGCAGUUAGGUGAGAACCAUUCAAGUGCACGUGCAUUUUACAUAGGUGAGGUCUAAAUUACAUCUCCAGCUAUAUGGGACUGGUACAGAGAGAUGUACUCGGGGGCCAGGAACUGUAUGGUGUGGGCUCGGACCAGGAAAGAGCUGGGCGUGAUGGUGUGAAAGGUCCAGCUGUCCUGCGUGCCAGGCUUGUGGUGUGUGCGGAGAACAGCUGGCUGCAUCUGGUGUGCAGGUGCGUGAAAGGGAACUUGCCUAUCUGCUGCAUGCCGCAUAUAGGAGACAUUAUUGGCUUGAUUUUUUUACAGAGGGGCUGCGACCUCACGGCUCUUCUCAGCUCCAGUGAGAGUGGGCCUUUCAGGGGGUGCAGUGUGUCCAGUCCCCCUUCCAUUUCCCUGGCCCAUCAUGCUUUCAGGAGGCGUAGCUGGGCCCUGCCUACUAGUCUGUGUUGGAAGAUGCUGCCCCUUGUCAAAGCAUCUCGCUGAUUUACGAUUUGUGGAACAUUUU